AUGAUUAUUAUUCAAUUCAAUUUAUGCGGCUCCAUCCUUCGGCGGUUGCUUGUGCAACGAACCGGGCGCCAUAAUGGCCUUAUCUCAGAGCAACGAUAUCAGGUAGCUCCUACAACGCCCAUAGAGCGCACCAAGCACGCUCUGCUAUUAGCCAAGAGCAAGUCGCUUAAAAUUCAUAUUAUGAUUAUGAAUAUGAUAAAUUCAAGGGCCUACAUCGUUGGAUGGGUCCAGCCAAACAUAUUGGUGUCCACAAACAUCAAGGCUGGGUUACACAUGUACAGCUCCUCUGCGUGUUAUCUGGUAAUCGGCAUCGCGAACGGCUAA